AUGUCCGGAGGUUUGGGAGAUAUGACGUCGUCCCCCGAGGGCACAUCUGUCGUCUGCUCCCUUCCAUGGACGCACGGACAAGCACGAGAGUUCACUCACUCGGGGUGCUUGGGCUGGGUCCUCGCACCGGGGAACACGGCCAUGUCAAAGGCCUUCGGUGCUCGACGACUGUGGAUCUGCACGAGGAGGCGAAUGACCUUCGAUUCUCCAUCCUACCUCGUGGCUCUCUGCGCUCUCGUCCUCUUCACCGUUUUCGUGGUCUAUGGUCCGUCCGAGGUAGGGAAACACGAGGAUUCCGUGCCUUUGAAUCAUCGGUACAGGAAGACUUUAGGAAAAGCGGAGAAGACAUUACAACACAAUCAGGAAGUCCAAGUUACUUCCCGGAAAUCAACCACUCUGCCGGCGAAGCGGAACCGAUCGUUCGCAGAUGUGGGACAUUUCCCGGCGGUGGCCUUGGCAAGUUUUCCUUGUUCCGGAAACACGUGGACUCGUUACCUUGUAGAACGAGCCUCUGGGUAUUUCACCGGAUCCAGCUACCGAGAUACCGGCCUGGAAAUCUCCGGUCGGCCAAUCUCCACUUUCCAGGCACCAAUUGGCACAUAUCUCGGAUGCAUGACGCAAUACUUUCCUCCUCUCCUAGGAUUUCUGGGUGAGAAAGCGAAGAUUCAGGACGGAACAGUGGUGGUGAGCAAAACGCACGACCACGGGAAGGAAAUGAUCGAAGAAUUUCAAUCCGGGAUCCUUCUCGUUAGGAAUCCCUACAAAGCCAUUCUCUCCUUCCAUAAUUUCCUAUUCACGGGACACCUUUCUCACGCCCCAGUCCGCAAUUUCCUCCGCAAAGAUUGGCCAAGGUUUGUCGAGGCAUCUGGGAAGAAAUGGCUGGAGACCUACCUCAACUGGCUCGAAAUGAGCCCCAAGGUUCUCGUCGUUCACUACGAGAACCUCACGGCAGACCCGUCAUCUUGUCUACGAAAGAUGCUUCAUUUUCUGGAUCUCUCCGUCGACGAAAAUCGAAUGGCCUGCAUACAGAAUCAUCGGAGAGAGCAGUUCCGUCGACCGUCGGGCUACGUUCCCGACGUCGAGUUUUUUCCCCCCGAAGUGCGAAGAAAAAUGGACAAGGCGAUUCUACAUUUAGACGGUGAACUGCGUAAACGGGGGCUUCAUUCAAUUCCCUUGUCAAAAUACGAAUACUUCAACGGGACGAAGGAUUCCGAGAAUCGAGUCCAGUGCACGGAAGGAGAAACCGAAGACGAAUGUUGGGAUCGGAUCGACGCUUACAAUAGGAUCCAGGUUCAGUUUUACAGCAAGUACCAACAACGGGGAAGUUUGGAGGAAAUCCAGAGAUUGUACAAGAAACGAAAGAAAGAUUCCAGCCGUCCACCAACUCUCAUGGACGAGGUGAUGAAAAAAGCGGCUUCUGCUCUUCUACCUCUCCUUCGAGGGGAUCCUUUAGAGACUCUCAUCUCGAAAGACCCCGACGACAGCCUGUGA